AGCUAUAGGCUAUAGUAUCUGUAUUGUAUCUGAAGGUGCUCCGGUCUAUAUAUCCGACCUGACAGUGCGUGCCGGUGGAUUAUGUAAAGUGGCACACGAGCGAUCGCAGAAUAUAUCUCAAGCCAUCUCAAGAAAAACAAAGAAACCGAAAGAAAAGCGAGUUGAUUCCCGAAAGAAGGGAAACUGAAAUCGAAACAGAAUGAAAAACAAGUAGAGAUAAAGCGAGAAGAUCGCUAGGAAAUUUGUCGCACGCGCACGAUCUCAGUAAGUGCAUCUAAUUUAUUUUGCAUCUAUUGCAAUUGAGAGGCGUUCGCGCGGAUGCAUCCGCCAGAUACGUUUUCGUAAUUGUCGUCAGCGGUUCGAGUUGCGCGCGUGUGUUCCCCGGAUUGGAUUACCAUCAAACAAGCAGAAUAAAAAUACAAGAUAAUUUUUAAAACAUUCUAUUGAAAAGGCCCCACUGUGAGGGAUAUAAUUUGAGUGGUCCCAUCGAGGAUCCCUUUGCCAAGAGCAACGCAAUGUCGUCCUACCGCAGUUAUACUCCCUGGAAAACUAGCCUGGGCAGCUCCUACAAGCCGACAAGUUCUUCGUACGGUUCAACCGGAGACUCCACUUCACGCUACACAUCACUAGCCACUCCCAGCGCCUACAGACCUUCGUUUUCCGGCGGAACAUAUCGCCUGAAGAGAGAUCCGCCACCAAGCACUGCCAGCACCACUCCGGUGACCAGUUAUGUGAGCCGCUAUGCCAAGACAGAUCCCAAAGAGACAGCUCCCAGUGAGCGGACCAGUCCGGUCAAGAGGUAUACAGGUGCAAGCACCAGCUCCCUGGGGAAAUAUGGACGAUCCCGGGAUCCUAGUCCGGUGGCCUUGGAGCACACAAAUCGAAACAAGUCGCGGGACCCAAGUCCCGUCAUAGACAGUGCCAGAAGCAAAUUGGGGGCCACAUAUCGUGGCGGCAAUACAGCCUCCAGUUCAUCCUCCUCCGCCUCCCGGAACGGCUACAGCAGUCGCUAUGGCGGCACAACCUCCCGGAUCUCAGGGAAUGGAAGUGCCAUUUCCUAUCUGACCACCAGCGACUUUCAUGCGAGAACCGCCAGCAGGGCCAAGGCAAGUCGGGAGAGGGAGCGGGAAAAGGAAAAGGAACUGGAAAUUGAGGAGAAGCCAAGCGAAGUGGUCUCACAGGGCAAGGAAAAGUCCAUAGAGAAACAGCUGGAGGAACAAACGACUACCAAUAAUGAGGCUGAUAUUCCUGAAACAUUCAUCAGCAUCUCGGUGGUCACCAGAGCCACUUCACCCACCUUACCGGGCAGCACCACCGUACAGCGCACACGUCGCAUUGAUCCGGCAAAAACCAUUGAAAAGACCAUCCAAAGAUCUACGAAAAGACGUCCCACCGUUGAUCAGGAAAUCCAAUCGGAUCGUAUGGAUGAUUCCACGCGAUAUCUUCGCUACAGUGCCGGCGGGAGUAGUCUCAGCUCCACAUAUAGUCCACAUAGGGAUCGGAUCAGCAGUUUGAGGUACAGUGCCAGUCCGCAUAGCUCGGGAUCAGGCAAGUCCAGUCCGUUGAGUGAGGGAAAACUAAGUCAGCCCAUCCCAGAGGCAGUAUCUCCGGCUAGAACCAAUGGCUCUGUGAGCUCGGCUAAGUCCUCUGAAGCCCUAUCUCCUUCGAGAACUAAUGGCAAUGUGAGUUCGGCCAAAUCCUCCGAAGCCUUAUCUCCCCCGAGAAGCAAUGGCUCCUCAAAGUCCCCAGAAGCGGUGUCUCCAGCUAGAACCAAUGGCUCUGUGAGCUCAGCGAGAUCAACGGAGGCCUUAUCUCCUCCCCGAAGUAAUGGUUGCUCUCCAAAAUCUUUGGAAGCAGUUUCUCCACCCAGAUCCAAUAGUUCCUCAAAGUCCACAAAGUCGAAGCUUUCGCCACCGAAAGCCGUGCGUCUGAAUUCCCGGCAAUCUUCGGUCGAGAAUCUGGUGAACAAGCCACCGGCUCCUCCCAGCAAGGCGGACUCACCCACCAAGACCUGCAGCUCCAGUUCGGGUAGUUCCGCAGUCAAGUGGCCCAACAAGGAUUUCCGGAAAUCAUCCCUGAACGUGGGACCCACAGAUAGGCCAAGGAAGUCGCGGACUCCUAGUAGUGGCGGCGAAUCCGAGGAUCUGCCCAACGGCAGUAGUCUAGAGCGCUCACCCAGUGCCGGGUCUGAGGGAAGUCUCGCCUCCGGCGGAUCCUCCAAGAAAUCUUCCAAGCUAAGCAAUGGCAAGAUUUCUGGAGCAGCAGGAACCAAGCCAAAGGCCCACAAAUCCUGCAGUGACUCCACCACAGGCAACUCAUCCUCGGCCACCGCCUCCGCUUCGGACAGUGAUCAGCAACGGGUGAAGAGUGUGAAAAAGCAGGCCAAGAAGAAGACCACCGCUGGCAAGGUCGCCGCCGCCCACAAGCCGAUAGGAACCACCACAGCCGCUGAGUCACCACCGCCCGUCGUGGUUGAGGUGGUGCCAGCGACACAGACGCGACUGAAGAAGCUCUCGGCGGUGUCGAAUUUUUUCGCCAGCCGUCAGCAAGACGCAAAUAACGAGCCGAUCUUCCUCGAAAGCUCCGAGAGCUCGGGCGAACCGGAGGCUCUUUCACUGCCGGUGAUCUCGGGAUUCUCAAAGAUCUCGAAGAUAUCGGCAAACAGUCUGACCACAGACCUGCGAACGAACGAACCGCGAACGACGCCAUCGAGCGAAGCAAAUCCCACCUCACCCAUAACGAAUUCCCUGAGCUCGAGCACACGCUGUCCCAGAGAAACCACAACGGGAACAGGAUCGGGAACCAGAUUGCCCACGACCACGAUUAGCACCAGGGAUACCCAGGAUACGAGUCUAACGACCACGGCGAGCCUGACCACUUCGGAACAGGACGAACCCAGUUGGUGGCAGGACACCAGCUUGCAGAUUAACACAGCCUCUGCUUUGGAUCACAACAAUCGGACAGAGAUGCCCCCGUACAGGCUGAGACACAUUGAUUCUGGCGAGGAGCAGGCCUGGUGGCUGCAACGAGACGAGAAUGGGGACGACGACGACACGCUGGCUGAGGAAACCCUCAAUACACUGGACGACGAUGCCCAGGAAGUGAGCAAGGGCACUUGGUGGAGCCAGGAGGAGCAGGACUCUAGCAGCAGUCAGGUGAAGGCAAUGCCCAGGAGCAGGCUCUCGCCGGAAAAGGAUGCUUGGUGGCUGCAGGAGGAGGAGGGUCACAAGUCCCCCAGGGAGAACGGGGAUCUUAACAACAACAACAACAAUAUCGAACCCCAUGUGGAGGUGACCCUAAAGUUGCCUUCGAAUGGCAGCCGUAGCUCCAAGAGCCGAGGAGCCUCCAAGAGUUCUAAUGGCAGUUCAAAAGGUGGCGGCUCCAAUCCCUGGUGGCUGUCCGGUCCUGCGAAGAAACUAUUUAACGUACAGCGCGUGGAGUCCGGCGAGCGAGCCUGGUGGCAGGAGCAGCCGGAGGAGCAGGCCCAGGAGGAAAAGGAGAACGAACCGCCACCGGUGAAGCCGCCAACGCCACCACCGCGCAUCAUCAAGCAUUGGGAGUCCGGAGAACGAGCAUGGUGGCUCCAAGACGAACCCGAGGCCAGCAAACUUCCGGAGGCAGUCAGCAGCGAUGAUGAGGAGCAGGCAGUGUCCCGGGAUGAGGUGGACCUGAGGCAGAGCCACGGCCAACCCUUGGCAGAUGUUCCUCACGAGCUGAGCAGCUCUUUUGACUUCAACGCCUACUCGGAGCGACCGGUGCCGCUGGGUCAGUGCGCCAGUCCUGUGCGCUGUCCCUCGCCCUACGACAACAUUCCAAGGUCGAAGGUGCAGGAGCCUACACUCCCACUGCCGCCCACCCUCACCCCCACCCACUCGCACUCCCUCACCCCACCGUACACACUCCCCACCCUCCAGCCGCGCUUCUCCCCGCAAACUCGACGAGCGGGUGAAAAGCUUUUCAUUUCGCGACAUCAGAAUAUCGAUGAACUACUAGGCGGCGCCUGUCGACCUUUGAGUCCGCUCUUCUACAGCAAUCCCAAUCCGGCGGAGAGCGAGCUUACCCCACUGGCCAGCAAGAAUAUGUUCCUCCUGGAGGAGGUGACACCUGACCAGGUGCGAAUCCACGACAGCACCGCUCAGCUGCCGGUCAUCCAGCGAAUGCAACGCGAUGUCGAGUGGUUGGAGAAUGGUAGCAGCUUUUACGAGCCACCUAAACAACAACAACAAUCACAACACCAGCAGCUGCAGCAACAACAACAACAGCGCCGGGCAGAUUGCAAGCGUUUUGGCAGCCUGCCCGUCUUGUUACGAUAUCGACGCCUACACUUUGGUUUAUUUAUACAAAUAACCUAG